CGGAUGUCACUGGAUCCUGGCCACAAUGUUUACUGGUGAUGAAGAAGGUGUUCUACACAAAUAAUUCCCCUUGGAAUAUCGAGUGCUGCCAAUUUAACCUGUAACUAACAUUUCUAAGCAAAUGUGUUAGUUUGACAUCUUUAUUGCUUAUGUAUCUGAAAGACUCUGAAGAAAACAUGUCCUGUAUCAAUAUGGGAAAGUUCUCACUGUGUAUUUUUUUGCCUCUCCUAACUUAUGGUGAUUUCCGUCGGCCUCAAACUAUGACCCGUUAUUGGGAAGCAAGUGGGAAGAAUUUAGCAAAGUGUUUGUCAGUGGUCUCGCAAUUUCCAGCGCCUCGCUCAUUAUCGCAGUGUGUCUGUCAAAUGUUUACAGAAUAUUCAUUAACGGCAAGCGCCCUAAUGAUAACAAGGCCCAAAUGAAGAUACAGUAUCAAUGGUCGAGAUAAGAAUGGCUGUGCUACUAUGUUGGUUGAAACGAGGCUACUGUUUACUCUAGAACAUGGGAGCGGAUCUCAGCUCUAGCAUAGAAGAAGCUCAAAUUCAACAGAUCGUCACCCAAAGUCCAUGUUAAAUACAUAGUGAGAACUGGGAAGGUAAAGUGUGUUGAUUGGGAAGGAUUUGCUCUGAAGAUGCAAUGCUCAAGGCGUUUCUUCUUCCAGAUGUGUCUGAGUUUGCUGGUGUCCACGGGGUCCUGUAGAUGCAAGUCACUGAACGAUGUCCUCCAAAGUGAAGAUCCUGAGGGCUUCACUGAGACUUCCAAGCAGGACUUUGUUGAAAAGGAGGAAAUGGACAGCAGGUUACAGAGCUUUCUGGAAAACAUGAAGGAAGGGUUUCUGAGAGAACUCAACUUAUCAGAUGUCCCACGAGAGCACAUCAAGAUAUACCCGCCACCGUUCAUGAUUGAACUGUACAACAAGUAUGCCUCCGACACGUCCGCGAUGCCUCGUUCUGAUGUCAUUCGCAGCUUCACCGUUCAAGAUGUUAGUCACUCUGCAAAAAAUGGAACAAAGUCAAAACACAGACUGCUGUUCAAUGUAACUGUCCCAAAUCACGAAGAGGUCACCAUGGCGGAACUCAGGCUAUUCACCCUGCUGGAUAAUAGGGCGACCUCGCCCUCAACCUCCUCCAAUCAGAUCGGGGCUUCCAUAAAGGUCUAUGAAGUGGAGUAUAAAGGAAACAAUGUCACAGCCCACUUUGUGAAUGGGAAAGAGGUCGUUGGGGCCCAUCACUCUUGGGAAGCUUUCGAUGUGACCACCGCCAUCCAGAGUUGGGUCAAAUCAGGCCGUGGGGCCAGUGCAUUUGAAGUGGUGGUCGACAGGUGGGACUGUGGGCCUUUCAAAGGCGGAGGUUUUGACGUGAGCGUGGGUGCGGGGGAUAACCAGUCAGCUGCUUUGAUUGUCUUCUCUGAUGACCUGGGGAGCAGGAAGAGAGAGGCCAAGAAGGAGCUGAAGGAGGAGAUAGUCCAUGAGGAAGAGACGGUCUUCUCAGGGAGCGACUGGCAAGGGCCCGACUUCAAUGAGAUCCCCGUGGACCUACACCCCAGGCGGAAGAGGCAGGGGGACACCAGCUACUGCCGACGGACCUCCAUGCGCGUCAAAUUCAAAGAUAUCGGCUGGGACCAGUGGAUUGUAGCGCCCCCUGAGUAUGACGCCUUUGAGUGUAGAGGGGUGUGUUACUACCCCCUGACUGAGGACAUGACCCCUUCCAAACACGCCCUCAUCCAAACCCUGGUCAAUCUCAAGAACCCCAAAAAAGCCAACAUGGCAUGUUGCGUUCCCACAAAACUGGCCCCAAUCCCGGUCAUGUACCAGGAGAAUGGUGUCAUCACCUUGCGACAGAUGUAUGAGGAGAUGAAGGUGGCAGAGUGUGGAUGUAGGUAGUAAGAGGUAACAUCCAUGGUGGUUCCCUUUACCCUUUACUGUAAAUCUGUACAUUCCUGUUGUAAGAUGCUUUUGAGUUCUUUUAUUUAGUAUACGCUCAGAAAAUAUAUCAAUAAAACCUGAAAUUCAGUAUUUAUUAACUAUGUAUCAUUAUUGUAAUGGUUUUAGAAAACAAAAGAGAUGAUAAAUUGGAUCUAUUAUGAAGUCAGUGUUCAUCAAUUGUUUGAUAUCUAUAACAAAAUUAUCAUAAUCGAAAAGAGUAGACUUUGAAAGUAUUUUUUGUAACAGGGCAUUUCUGUAGUGUACGCAAGAGGCGUCACUACAGUACCUGGUUCGAAUCCAGGCUGUAUCACAUCCGGCCGUGAUGGGGAGUCCCACAGGGCGUGCACAAUUGUCCCAGCAUCGUCCGGGUUUGGCCGGGAUAGGCUGUCAUUGUAAAUAAGAAUGUGUUCUUAACUGACUUGCCUAGUUAAAUAAAGGUUAAAUAAAAAUGACGAUUAUGACUUCUAAAUUAUUCAUUUGAAUUAAACAUGUAGUGUUCUCAUUAGUUUAAUAUUAGAGGCAGAAACUGCUCUAUAGAAUAGCAGUGUAUUUCUCAGCUAAAUAUGUUCUACUGUAUAAAUUAAUAUUAAUUUUGAAUUUCUAAAGUUCAACUUUUGGGGAUGAAUUUCUUCUUUGAAUAAUGUGUACAGAGUGCCCUCUAAUGGUGGA